AUGGGUACCCUGCUUCCCCAGUGCUCUCGCUCCUGGCACCUUCUGCCCUGCUGCUUUCUCCUGGCAACAGCUUUACACACUGCUAUGGCAGCACCAGAUUUCACCGUUUACCUGCAUAAGGUUCUCAGGAACCACACAGCGCAUGCAUGUGAUGGGAACACCCUGGAGAUCAGAUGCCCGUCCAAAACCACCGUCGCCGUCAUAUCUGCGUUCUACGGACGCCGCGUGCCGAGCGAAUACUUGUGUCCAACCACAAACCCCAACGUGACACAGGAGGAGGACACAGAGUGCAUGUCCCCUGUGGCAGUUCAGAAAGUGACGUCAGAGUGUCAGGAUCACAGAAGUUGUCAGAUACCGGUCAUCAGUCAAGUGUUUGGUCAAGAUCCCUGCCCUGAGACCAGCAAAUACAUGAUUGUUUCUUACAAGUGCCGCCCAGAGCAUCACAGGACCAGGAUGGUGUGUGAGAACGAGAGGCUACGGCUGUCUUGUAAGAAUGACACAGUCCUGGCCAUCUACUCUGCCACCUUUGGACACCAGCUACACUGGCAUCACGACUGCCCACAGGAAACUGACGUCAAGGCAGACAUGGAGUGUCUCUCACCGUCUGCUCUGAGAAGGGUAUCACGCCGGUGUCAUGGCCGGACCAACUGCUCGGUGCUGGCAGACGUUCAGAAUUUCGGUGACCCAUGUUUUCCUGGAACCAGGAAGCAUCUGCGUGUGUCCUACACAUGUGUUCCCAAAUAUCUCCUGGAGGAUGUUGGGCGUGGGACCAGUGACACAGACCCGUUUCUAAUAAGUGACUACACUCAUGGCGGCUGGUACACUGGCCCCGGCGUGACCAAGCCUCAAAACAUUUUCACCGAAUCUCUGGAAAUCUUUUCUCAAAUCCAGGGUGUGCCUGAGACAGUGGCACUCUAUUUCGUGUCUGGCAUCUGUGCCGGCCUAGUGUUCCUGCUCUGUCUCUUCGGCCUGAAGUCCACGUUUGUGCGAGACGCCAAGGAGCUGUUCACCGAACUAGGCGAUGAGAUCAAGGCGACACGGCGGCAACGUCCCAACUACGAGGACGACGACGACGUCAUGUCGGACAACUCCCUCCGCCGCCUCACCCACCCCUACCGCAUGGCAGACAUGUUCGGCCCCGACAUGAUCAUGACUGUAGAGAUGGUGGAGAGGGAUGACGACAGGAGGAAAGAACUCACCAGCGGGGACAUGUGGCCUCACAGGGACGCCAGUCCUUACGCCCUACACAACAUGAAGGCCAAUUCAACAUAAAGACUACAGCCAAAGUCCUUCUACGUGGUCUAUAGCCCACUGGACUGUUUGCACAGCUUUUGUCAAUUAGGGCAACUCUGCCUUAAAAAAGGAAAAAUGCAGUACCUACACCAACAUUGAAACUGACAAAAAUGCCUUCAAAGUCUUGGUAUUAGGUUGGAUAUUGUAGUUAGGCCUACUGCAAAUUUGACAUGCAAAUAUCACAUACCUCUAAAACGAGACACAUUUGGACAAAAGAGGUGCAAUGAAGGCCAUUUUCAGUCUAAACCCAAUUUUGACAAAAUAUGUAGUUUUGCCUCUGUAGGGCAGAACUGUAUCAGAGUGUACUACAGAGUGCACUGUAGGAUACUGGGGGCUGAAUGGAAAUGCCCACACAGUGAAACAUUCAGUGUUAA